AUGACGUCGUCAUCCGUCAAUCUGCAGACCACCGGGAUGUCAGACGCUGCGGAGGCUGUGGCGGCGGACGACGGGUCCGGGGCCGCGUCCUGUAGUCGCAAUCCGCUGCUGUGUUUCCUGUGCGAGGACUACUACAGCGAUCCUUGCAUCCUUAUUUGUUUCCACACUUUUUGCGCCAAAUGCAUCCGGACCAAAAACCAGGAAGGCAAAAUCAACUGUCCCCUGUGCGGGUGA